GUCGUGUACGGCGCGCUCAGCAACAAGACCUCAAGACUUCAAAAAUGGCCUCCCGCCCGACGGUGAACGUUAGGACGUCCUCUGGAGAGGCGUCCACCUCCCUGCCCCUCCCGGCGGUCUUCACGGCCCCCAUCCGUCUGGAUGUCGUUGCGGCUGUCCACAAGAGCGUCGCGAAGAACAAGCGCCAGGCGUACGCCGUCUCUGAGAAGGCUGGCCACCAGACUAGCGCGGAGUCUUGGGGUACCGGUCGCGCUGUCGCGCGUAUCCCCCGUGUCGGUGGUGGUGGUACUCACCGCUCUGGCCAGGCUGCCUUCGGUAACAUGUGCCGUGGCGGUCGCAUGUUCGCGCCCACCAAGACCUGGCGCAAGUGGCACGUCAAGGUGAACCAGAACCAGCGCCGCUUUGCGACGGUCUCCUCCCUUGCCGCCACCGCCCUGCCUUCCCUCGUUCUGGCCCGCGGUCACCGCAUCGAGGAGAUCGAGGAGGUCCCUCUCGUCAUCGACUCCGCCGCCGAGUCCUUCACCAAGACGAAGGAGGCUGUGGCCCUUCUCAAGACCCUCAAGGCGUACCGCGACGUCGUCAAGGUCUCGAACUCGCGCAAGCUCCGCGCGGGCAAGGGCAAGCUGAGGAACCGCCGCCACCGCCAGCGCCGCGGCCCCCUCGUCGUCUACAACGAGGACAACGGCAUCGUCAAGGCGUUCCGCAACCUCCCGGGUGUUGAGCUCGUGAACGUGCGCCGCCUCAACGUCCUCCAGCUCGCCCCGGGUGGUCACCUCGGCCGCUUCGUGAUCUGGACUGAGGGUGCCUUCGGCCUCCUCGACGAGGUCUUCGGUACCUUCGACAAGGCGUCGACCCACAAGAAGGACUACCUCCUCCCGACCGCCAAGAUCACCAACCCGGAUGUCACCCGCCUCAUCAACAGCGACGAGAUCCAGUCGGUCGUCCGCCCCGCGGGCCAGAAGAUCCAGAAGCGCCCCUGGACCCAGAAGAAGAACCCCCUCGUCAACAAGGCCGUUCUCUUCCGCCUCAACCCGUACGCCAAGACCCUCCGCCGCCAGGAGCUGCUCAAGCAGGAGCGCAUCAAGGCGAAGGGCCACAAGAAGGAGAAGAAGAAGUCGGUCGGCAAGGUCUUCCUCGACAACCUUCACGCGCCCUAAGCGCUGUUUCUGCUACCUCAUGUUUGUCUAUGCUGCACGUACAUCGUAUGCUCCCCAUGUUCUAUAUGGCACAUGUUGGACGCCUCUGACGCGUCUUAUCAUCGCACCUGUGCAUGGAUGUCUGAGC